AACCGUGGUGCGGGUCACAGCAGCCCUGUCACACGUCAUAAUAUUAGCUUAUACUUUUUUCGUCAUCUCAUUGUGGUUAUAUGUUUUACAGCAUUGUGUCAAUGCCGAUAUAAGAGAAGUUUUAGAUUUUAUGUUCAACAUUAUUUGAUCUUCAGUGUGGGUGAAGUAUCGACUUGGUGUUUGUGUAAGUCACAUCCAUCGUGAUAUAGCUAUUGUGGACACGGAUCACUAACUUCUACACCACGCCAACCAAUAACUUCACUGAUAUGGAGCACAUGAGGAGGCCCAGACGUCCCGUCGACCUCAACGUCAUGAAGAGGAAUAUGACCAUCGCCAAGGGCUUCCUAGACAUCAGUCUCCUCUCAGCCAACGCCAACCAGCUUCGCAACGUCCUCAACUUCGGCGAUACUGACAGCUCCACCUUUUACGUGGUGGCGAUCGGCAUCGUGGUUAGUCUUAUACUCCAGGUUCUGGCUGGCAUCAUCCUGAUCGUGGGUGAGAGAUUCGACCUCAACGACAAGGACCACGACGACUGGAGCGACCGCCUCAACACGAUCGUCAUGUGUAUCAUCUUCGUGGUGCUGCUGGUGAACGUCUUCAUCUCCAGCUUCGGCGUGGAUGUGGCCAACCCGGGUAUGCACAAAACCCCGCCCGCUAUCAUGAGCACUUCGCGUAUUGUUUCCCUCACCUCCCCUUGAGCUCCCCCUGGUGUGUCAAUAUCCCAUUCAUCUCUGCUUCAAAAUCUCUGUUAUCUUGAUGUCACUGAAUCAUGAUGUGUGUAACAAGAAUUCCAUCAUACCAUUUACUGUAGGUGUGCUCUUUAUAUAUUGUGUUAUCCAAACACUGUACUGUACAAAAGUAUCAUGGCAAAAUAUUGUGAUCUCAACCUUGUUAGCGACACAUGUGACGCAGAUAUUCUACCAUACAAAAAUACCUGUAUGUUAUUCAUAUAUGUGUGUGAUUGAUCUGGACUGUCCGCUAAUUUUUGGUGCAUUUUCCUUGAAUCUGGAAAAAAUAUUGUGGCACUAAGUAACUACACUUUAGUUUAAAAUAAAUUAUAUUUCUAAGGUUAGAAAUUUUUGCAACAGGUGUGCAGUGCACAAACCUGUACCUCGUAAUAAGAACAGAAGUACACGAGAAUGGAGGAAACUGCAGCGGGCCUAUUGGCCCGUACUGGGCAGUCCCAUUUACACCCAACCCCUUUCGCUUAUACAGGGUGAUUCAGCAGAGUACAUUAAAUUGGAGGAUGAAAUC